AUGGGGGGGGGGGGUUUUGGGUUUGAAGGGGUUUUGGGGGGGUGGGGGGUGAGGGAGGGGAAGAGGGGGGAUAAGGAGGGUUGUAGAGUUAGGGUGAAGAAUAAGAUAGAAGAUGGGGGGGAGGAUGAAAGAGGAGAGGGAAUAGGUGGGAAAAGUUUGGGAGGAAGGGGUGAAGGGGAUUUGAUGGUAGGGGUUUUGGGGUUGGGGGGGUGGAGUGUGGUGGAGUGGGUGGGGGGGGGGGGGGAUGGUGGGGUGGGGGUUUUUAUGGUGGUGUGGGGGAUGUUGGAGGAGUUUUAG